AAGCAUAAUUUGUUAACUGUAUAGUCCGUCCAACAACAUGAGCUGCUUCCUUGUACUACUACUACUUGUGUUGUCGUCGGCAGUAGUACUAGGUUCUUUUUCUCCUACCGCCGCCGCCACAUCAAACACUAACAAUUCUUCUUCCUCCAUAGCCAAACCCAACUGCAGUGAUCAUUGCGGGAACGUAAUGAUCCCAUUUCCCUUUGGUUUAGGAGAAGAAUGUGCUCUAAACUCAAACUUCUCCAUCACUUGUAACACCUCCUAUCAUCCUCCAAAGCCAUUUAUAACAAAUAGCGCCGUGGAGGUUAGGGAUAUAUCACUUGAAGGGCAGUUGAAUGUGAAGAAGGGCAUAGCUCGAAAGUGUUAUACCCGGAUGACGGAUAUACCAGUUUUCGAGCUUAAAUCAGAGCCCACUCCGGCCAAUUUCUACGUCAACCAGACCGCCAACAAAUUCGUUGCUGUCGGCUGCAAUGCUUUCGCUGUUGUAACAGAAAACUAUCUCGACGACGACGACGAUUACGAGGAGAUGGACGAUGUUGGGUCAAACAAAGUAGAAAGUUGUAUUACCUCCUGUGGCGGCAGAAUGAAAGAUGUCAAGAACGGGACAUGCGGCGGAGUUGGGUGUUGCGAAAUCGGAAUUAGUAAUGUGGCGAGGGACGCUCGCGUUUUACUGAACACCACCACGGAUUCCUAUCCCGAUAGUCACUGCAUCUACGCCUUCGUGGUGCAGAAAGAGGAGUUCAACUUUUCCGCCACAAUGCUUGCCCGAAAAUGGGAUGUGAAUAAGCUACCGGUGGUUCUUGACUGGAUCAUCCCGGAUCAGACGUGCAAUGGCACAUGUCAAGGUAAUACCAUAUGUGUUUCCAUCAAUGUUACCGCCAACAGUAAGGAGGGGUAUCGUUGCGGUUGUAAGGAGGGUUAUGAAGGCAAUCCUUAUCUCUCUCCAGGUUGCCAAGAUAUUGAUGAAUGUGUAAAUGGACAGAACAACUGCUCCAUAAACUCUAUUUGCUCAAACAUUGAAGGUAGUUAUGAGUGCCAUUGCAAGGAAGGUUACCAUGGCAAUGGGAAGGGGGAAUCGGGCUGCCAAUUACCUAUGGAUGAUUGCAAAAAUAAUGGGAAAGGGUGCACUUCUUCUUCUAAACGGAUGAUUAUUGAACAUGUUAUUGGUAUUGCUUUGUGCACUGUGCUGUUGAUAAGUGGGUUUUGUCUAUACUUGGGAUAUCGAAGGAGGAAAUCAACACACAUCAGAGAGAAAUUCUUUAGAGAAAAUGGAGGAUUGAUUUUGAAGCAAAAGAUUGCUCAAGGCACUACGUCUUCCGGCACAACAAGAAUUUUCACUAUCCAGGAGCUUAGAAAAGCGACCAACAACUAUGACCAAACUAGAAUCAUUGGUCAAGGAGGUUUUGGGGUUGUUUAUAAAGGACACCUUCAUGAUGGUCGAACCAUAGCCGUUAAGAAACCCAAAAUGUUGGACCCAACCCGAGUCGAGCAGUUCAUCAAUGAGGUUAUUGUGCUUUCCCAAAUCAAUCACAGAAACAUAGUCAAACUCUUUGGUUGUUGUUUAGAAACAGAAGUUCCGUUACUCGUUUAUGAAUUCAUAAACAAUGGAACAUUAUCUGACCAUCUAAAUGACAAAGACAAGGCAUCCACAUUAGUUUGGCCGAUCCGCUUAAGAAUAGCUACUGAAACAGCUGAGGUGCUAUCUUAUUUGCAUUCUGCAGCUUUUCCUCCUAUAAUCCACAGAGAUGUUAAACCCGCAAAUAUUCUCCUGGAUAAUGAGUACAUUGCCAAAGUAUCUGAUUUCGGAGCAUCGAGGUUAGUUCUACAAGACCAAACUCAAUUGAUAACUAUGGUGCAAGGAACAUUUGGUUAUCUCGAUCCAGAAUACAUGCAGACCCACGAAUUAACAGAAAAGAGUGAUGUUUAUAGUUUUGGAGUUGUCCUGAUGGAAUUGUUAACCGGUAGGAGGGCAGUACUUUACGAUGGUCCGGUGGAAGAGAGGAGUCUAUAUGAGCAUUUCAUUUCAUCAUUGAAAAUCAAUCAAUUGUUCAAGAUUCUUGAUGACAACAUUGUUUGUGAGGGAAACACUGAAGAGUUACAAGAGGUUGCCUUACUUGCAAGAAGGUGUUUAAAUGUGAAGGGGGAGGAAAGGCCAACUAUGAAGGAAGUUGCAGUGGAGCUAAGUGGAUUGAGGAGAGCAGCAAAACAUUCAUGGGUUAAUAAUAAUUCAGACACUUCCAUAAAAUCACAUGCUCUAUUUACUGAGCCACUGCCAAUCCCCUCUGGAUAUAUUGAUGCCACUUUUAGUAUAACAACAAGUGAAUAUGAUAGCUUAAAACAUCAUAUGGAGUUACCAAUGACCACUGCAAGAUAAUUGCAACGGUACGCGCAUGGGUAGCUCAAUUGGUCACUAGAAUCAAAUUUAAGAAUAAUGAUUCGGAAUCGAGUCUCACAAGCGACAGUGUAGGAGAAAAUUCUCAAAGUGAAGGGGACACCUUUUUUGUGCAUAGUAAGCAUACCAUGAUUUUCAUUCUCCCAAAUAGUGUCGGGACGUGGGAGACAUUGGCGUUGGGGAUUCAUCUUUUGUGAACAAAUAUAAUGUUUUGUUUCUAUUUUUUCCUUGUGAUAUAAAUUAAAAUAAUAUUGAACUC